CCACCGUAUCACAGUAAAGUACAUACAUCCACCGCCUAUGUACGAUGUACAUGAUGUGUUGGUGAGCGUACUCCAUGUAUGUACUUGCUGGAUCGGGCGCGAAUAAGCAGGUACGGUACUAUUCUCCACACCUGUUGCGUCGAACACAAAUUGUGUCUGUCUGGGGCCAGCAUCCGCAUGGCGAUCAUCACCGACCAACCAAACUAUACCAACCAAACUAUACCAACCAACCAACCAACCAGACCAGCUAAACCCAUACCAAACCAAACCACAUAAACGCUCCGGCUGUGGGGUCUGUGAUGUGCUGUGCUGUGCUUGCUGUAUGUAUGCACUCUGUGCAUACCAAAGUGCCUUAGGUAAGUGUGUAGUGCGGCAACGAUGUGUUUUAUUUGCUUCGUCUCGAGCCCGACGUCGUGCCUGGAGGGAGAGACAGGUGUGUAGAGUAUGUACUCUAGAUACUAGUAGAAGUACAACUCUACAUGGGCCCGACUACCUCAUACUUCGCCAUGCCGUUGGAAGCAUGCAACCUGCAACCUGCAGGCCUUGAACCUUUUUCUUUCUUUUUCCUUUCUUUCUUUCUUUCCUUCUCCUCCGCCAUGGAUACUCUUCACACAUACAUUCAUGCUUACCUACAUACGACGUCGGUAUCUGCCUUCUGCGUCUGGCACCGUCCGCGUACUCUAGCUUCUCUGGCGGGCCUGGAGGAGUUAACCACCGCCGUCGUGGAAGAAGCUCGCAGCUCGCAGCUGGCAGCUUUCCACCGUCACUUACUUGCCUAGCAUGCAAAAGACCCCGCUACGAAUCUAGAUACGUGCGUACGUGGAGGAGCAGCACCAGCAGCAGUGGCAGUGUCUAGCAGCAGUGCCUAGAAGUACUAUAUGGUACUCUAGUGGUAGGUUGUAGCGGUGGCCAUUCUGUGGAGGAGUUUGUGGAGAAGUACAGUUAUGUCCUCUGGAGUAUAACUAGAGUAUGGGUAGAGUACAUAGAAGAAGAAAGUCUCGUUAGCCGGCCGGCCGCCCUGGACGUCUGCUAGCGCCGCUGCGCCGCCCGCGACACUUCCCUCCCCCCGCUGGUAUGUAACGUCGUUUAGAUAUCUCCGCCAGUGUACUUUUGAGAACCCCCUUCUCCUUCUCCAUCUUCCACUCGCCUUUUUGUUUGAGACCCCCCUGGCAACCUGUG